UCAGCCAAUCAUUACGGUCCAUAUAAAGUGCGCUUUUUACUGAUUCUGUUUUCUUUUAUUCAAAUUGUUUUUCGUUAUAUCUCGAAUUUUUCGUACAAGAUAAUUAAAAAGGAAUAACGAUUAUUUAUAUUUUCUUCGAAAAACAUUCGUGUUUGUUAAAAGUACCGAUCUAGUGAAAUGAAUGCAAUUGGUUAAAAAUAAGAUAGUACGUCAUUUGCCGAUAACAUAUCUGGUAUGGUUUAAAUAUGCGCCACUUAUAAUACGUAUGAUUAUAUUUCAUUGUAAAUUGUAUUUUGCGCUUUAUAUGUUUUAUAAUUUUGAUAAUUAAAUCAUUGUAAUUUAUACUUGUGUAUCGAUAAGUUCUCGUAGUAAAAACACGUAUGGUAAAAAUCCCGAUUAUAUUUUCAAUGAGGUUAGAAUUGUAAUGGCAGCAUUGUUCAUUGACGUGUCAUUGAGUUACAAAUGGCGGCGACCGAUGAGACUGUUUCCGUACUAGAGAAAGAUAUCGAAAAAUUAAGUGUUUUAGAAAGUGAUUCGAACAAGAACGAUGAUGAUACCAAAACUGGAGAGAUUUAUGAACCACAUUUAUGGGGUUUCGAAACACGGGAACUCUAUAAAAUUGCACUCAAUUUCUAUAAAGAGAAAGAAGGUAAAGCUGUUCACCUUUCGUAUGAGGAUAAAUUAAAGUUGGUUGCAUUUACACAGCAGGUAAUGCAUGGAAAAUGUACUGCUGAAAAUGCCCCACCAUUAGGAGUUUUAGAUGUAAUUGGUAGAGAUAGACGUCUGGCAUGGCAAAAUUUAGGAGAUAUAUCUAAGGAACAAGCAAUGGAAGGAUUUAUAGUUUUACUAGAUAAAUUGUGUCCAUUAUUUAAGACAGUAGUAGAAGCACAAAAGAGAGAUAUAGAAGAAAAAAAGCGUUUGAAGCAAGAAGAAAAAAUUAAACAGAUAGAAGAAGAAAAAAGAUUGGCAGAAUUAGCUGAAACAAAAAAAAGAGAAGAAGAGGAAAGAUUAAAAUUGGAAUUACAAAAAAGACAAAUACAAGAUGCGCUCAAUCGACAAACAUAUUAUCAAUUUAAAGUAUAUGCUGAACAACAAUAUCCUGGAAAUCCAGAGCAACAGGCUGUUUUGAUUAGACAAUUACAAGAACAGCAUUAUCAUCAAUAUAUGCAACAAUUACAUCAAAAUCAAUUAGUCAUAGAAGAUCAAAAAACGGAAGAAUCAAAUGAAUUGGAUAACACAAAUAAAAAUACUGAAAAGGAACCCAUAACAGAAAAUGAACCUGCGCUUUUACAAGAUGAAGAUUCGGAUGAGUUACAGGAAGACUGGCCACCAAUUGCCCCUGCUGAAAUGUGGACACGUAAAGGUGUGGAGGAAUUUAAAGAAACAAUUAGAAAGGAAGCAGGUGAUGCUGUUAUAAAGGUUGGCCAUGGAGAAACUGUUACUGUGAGGGUACCAACACAUGAAGAUGGUUCAUGUUUAUUCUGGGAAUUUGCCACCGAUGGCUAUGAUAUUGGAUUUGGAGUUUAUUUCGAAUGGUCUAAAUCGGAUACAGAUCAAGUAUCUGUUCACAUUAGCGAAUCGGAAGAUGAUGAAGAUGAAGAAGAUGAAUACGAAACUCAAGAUGAUUUAGAAAGUGGAGGAAUAAACGGAAAUAAUAGAGUUGAAUACAAAUCAACCAUACCACCUAUAAGUGUAAUAGUACCUAUCUACAGGAGAGAUUCUCAAGAAGAAGUAUAUGCUGGAAGUCAUCAGUAUCCUGGACAGGUAAAUGGAGUAUAUCUUCUGAAAUUCGAUAAUUCAUAUUCAUUGUGGCGAAGUAAAACACUUUACUAUCGAGUAUACUAUACUAGACCAGGAUUUACAAAGGAUUAGUUGUAAUUGUUAAAUUAAGAAUUUAUUGAGUGUAUAUUUGUUGUGCACUGGCUCGUCAUAAUCGCCUGCUGAUAUUGCUAGUCCAACUAAAUAAAAUGUCCUAUAUCCUGUCUUUUCUCACAUAAGACAAGGUGUUCACUGUGCAAAAAUAAUAUACAUAUAUAUAUACAUAUAUUAAAAUAUAUAUAUAUGUAUAUAUAUGUAUGUAUGCAUGUAUGUAUGUAUGUAUAUAUAUAUAUACACAUAUAUAUAUACAUGCAUAUACCACACAUAUAUAUUAUAUAUAAAAAUUAAUAUUCGUAUCCGCCUAUUACAGGCUAAUCAGUGAUGUUGAAUGGAAAAAAAGGAAUAUAAAAAAGAGAACUAUAAGUUAAUAAAACUUAUAAAAAAAAAUCUGUAUUAAUAAACAUUUAGUAUUGUCUGCAUGUAUUAUUCAGAUAUAAUAUGUAAAUUUUGCCACUUUCAACCCCGUUUUUUAUAUUUUCUGGAUAUGUUGAGAAUAAUAUUUUGGAUUUCAAAUCUAUCCUCUCUAUAUGUUUCGGUGGCCCCUCUACAGCUACCUGAAAUCCCAAAUCUCUAUAUAUUAUUCAGAAAUUAAAAAAAAAAAGAAAGAAAUCUUUAGCUCAAAGGCAUUAAUCUGCAGGCAUUAGACGUUUAUUGAUAUAGAUGUUUAUUGUAUAGUUAUAUAAGGACACUUUUUAUUUAAAAAAAAAAAAAUUAGCACAAGAACAAUGAAUAUGUUUGUUACCUUAUUGAUGAAAAUUGCAUUCAAAUGAUUUUGAAUUACGGACAAAGAAUAAAAGUAUCAGAAGAGUUUCACAAUGCACAGUCUAAAUGUAUUACAUUUCCGUGCGACUGUGUGUGCGUCUGUGGGUGUUAAUAUAGAUCGUAUAUUACUUGUAUAAUCAAGAAGGAUAUAAUUCCGGUACGCUUAAUUAGCACCACAUUUUAUGGCUUUACGCAAAUUAUUGCAUGUUCUUUUUUUUUGAGAAAUACAAUAUAAGUAUAUAAAACAUG